UGUGUCAGUUAUUCAACUGAAAACACCAUGGAGGCAAAGGCAGAAGACUAUACUCAGGCAUUUGCCCUGCUUGGUAAAGUGGUCGCAAUUUACCUCGUAGUGUCCCAAGGAUGGAAACUUAUUCGAGGUAUAAGAAAUCACAUAUUGUCUGGGUGGUUUCAGACAGACUUAAAACGAUAUGGACGCUGGGCAGUGAUAACAGGAGCGACAGAUGGAAUUGGAAAAUCAUACGCUCGAGAGCUUGCCAAGAGAGGUCAUGAUGUUGUCCUGAUCAGCCGCACUCUGGAGAAGCUCAAGAAUGUUGCAUCCGAAAUAGAGCAAGAAUUUGGUCGCAAAACUAAAAUCAUCCAAGCAGAUUUCACAAGAGGAUCAGAGAUGUAUCAGUCAAUUGAGGAUGGCCUCAAAGGGAUGGAGAUAGGAAUUCUGGUGAACAAUGUAGGUAUGUCCGUAUCUAAUCCUCCUAAACGGUUUCUGGAUAUACCUAAUAUUAACAAGGCUACGACGGACAUGAUUAACUGUAACAUACUGUCAGUAUUGCAGAUGACUCGAAUCAUCCUCCCACAGAUGGUAGUAAGAAACAAAGGGCUGAUUAUAAACCUUUCAUCAGAAGCGGGUAAUCGUCCUAUUGCAAUGUCAUUCAUUUAUAGUGCUUCUAAGGCCUUUGUGGAUUUCUUUUCAAGAGGUCUCCACGCAGAAUACCAGUCAAAAGGAAUCACUGUUCAGUGUGUGAUGCCAUUAUUUGUCUCAACACCAAUGACUUCUCGAAUGAAAACAAACAUCUUUGUAAAGUCUGCUGAUGAUUUUGCCCGGGAGGCUCUAAACACUGUGGGUUACACAAACAGAACCAGUGGCUGUCUCUCUCACUCCCUUCAGAGUUAUGCCUUGGAAUUACUACUCCCUGAUCCCGUGUUUAAGGCUUUUUUGUCAAUGAGAAUUGUGACAGAUUACUUUGAGCAUAUAAUGAACCCGGACAAGAAGAAGAAGCAAAAAUGAAC